AUGGGAAAUACAGGUAGUAAAAGAGACAACACAGAUAACUCUCGAUAUACACCAACAGGUCUAUAUAAAGAUUGUGAAUGGGAUCAAAAGAUUAUAAAAAGGUUAAUCGUCGAUAAAAAGAUAGCUCCUCUUACUGUUGGUACAGAAGAUGAAGGUCCAAAUCUUGAGGAAUGUCCAAUUUGUUUAUUAUAUUAUGGUGGCGGAUUAAAUAGAUCGAAAUGUUGUAAAAAAGGUAUUUGUACAGAAUGUUUUUUACAAAUUAGAAAACCAAAUACUGAUGGUAUUAGUUGUCCAUUUUGUAAUCAAUCUGGUUACUAUGUUAUAUUCACUGGUCCAUUAUCAAAGGAGGAGAUACAAAAGGAUGAAUUGGAGCAAGCAAAAGUUAUAGAGUUAACAAUUAAAAUGAAGAAAGAGGAACUUGAAAGAGAAAAGAGUGGUGAAAUCCUAUCAACAAGUAAAUCACCAACUCAACAAUACUUUUCACAACAAUUCUCUCCACCAAAAUCAUUUACUUCUAGUCAAAUCGCUGAUUCUAUUUCACCUUAUUCCUCUCCAAUUAGAAUUCAACAACAACAAGUCAUACAACAACAACAACAACAACAACAACAACAACAAAAUAGAAAUAGUAACACUCAAAAUAUUAAUACAAAUAACCAACAACAACAACAACAACCUGCUGCAUUAUCAUUUUCUGAUCUUUUCUCUGGUAAUUACUCUGAAUCUGAAAUGGAGAAUUUAAUGUUAACAGAAGCUAUAAGACUUUCACUUUUAUCUCUUUCAAAUGAAACAAAACAAACAACUACCACUACCACUACCACUACUACAAAUAGAAAUACCACUAGCAAUAACAAUAGUAAUAGUAAUAGUACAAAUAGUAGUAGAAGAAAUUCCAAUAAUCAACCACAUCACCAACAAUCAUCUUCAUCAAGAAGUAGUAUUGGCAGUAAUUUUAGUAGUAAUAAUAGAGUUAAUAAUAAUAAUAAUAAUAAUAAUAAUAAUAAUAAUAAUAAUAAUAAUAAUAAUAAUAAUAAUAAUAAUAAUAAUAAUAAUAAUAAUAAUAAUAAUAAUAAUAAUAAUAAUAAUAAUAUUAAUAUUAAUAAUAAUAAUAACAAUAACACUAAUAAUAGAGCAAGUGUGUCACCAAAUUCUUCUAUUGAUGAGUUAUUUAAAAAUGCUGAUAAUGUCAUUAAUAAAGAAAGAGAAAGAGAAAAAGAUAGAGAAAAUGGUAUUGAUAUAUUUUCAAAGAAACAAAAUACAAACAAUGGUGUAAGAAGUGCUUUUAAUGAUUCUGAUGAUCAAAAAAAUCUAGCUGAUUUAUUUGACUUUGGUAUUAAAACAUCUUCAAACUCAUCCUCUUCCUCUCCUGCUAAAUUGGGUGGUAUUUUAUCAACUAAACAAACCACUACUACAACUACUACAACUACAACAACAACUACAUCAACCUCUCCAAAUUUAUUGGGUUCUGAUCCAUUAUCAGCAAUGUUACAACAAUCACAACUACAACAACAACAGCAACAACAACUACAACAAUCACAACAACAACAACAAACAUCAAUCACAACAAAUUUGGAAGUAAAACCAAUUGAAACAAAACCAACUACAACUACUACAACUACAACUAAUAAUAAUAAUAAUAAUUUAACAAAUAUAAUAUCUGAUAUUGCUAGCAACAAUAGUAGCGUUGGUGUUGGUAGUGGUAUCCAUACAAAUAAUACAAUCGAUAGUGAGAGUGAAAAAAAUUUUAACUCUAAUUGUGCAACAGUAUCCACUUCGGUAAUUGAUGACAUUCAAAGUAAUUUAGAGAGUGAAUGUUCAAUAUUUAGUAGAGAAGAUGAUGAAUAUGACGAGGAAACAGGUGAUGUUAUUUCACCACCAUUCGAUCAAGAAUCAACCACAAGUAAAUUUAGUAAUGUCAGUGGUGGAAGUAGUACUAGAAAUUAUCCUUCCCACUCUAGACACUCUUCAAAUAAUAGUUCAACAAGUAGUGGCUUUGAUUUCAAUUCAUUUAGAGAUAUAAAUAAUUUAUCUGCCAAUAUCAAUAAUAAUAGUAGUAAUAAUAAUAAUAAUUCAAAUAACAAUAAUAAUUUAGAACCAAUUUAUAGCGCAAAACAACAAAACAGAUCAACAAAACCAAAUCAAAAUAGACUAAAAUCAAGUCCAAUAAAUAAUCAAAAAUCCUUACUUUCUAAUAAUAAUAAUAAUAAUAUCACAACCAAAAAAUCCUCUGAUAGCAGUAUUAUGAACUCAUCUGGUAACUCUAUAAAUAUUAAUAUUAGUAUAAAUAAUAAUAAAACAAUAAUUAUAAAUCAACCCACUCUUUCACAACCACAACAACAACAACAACAACAACAACAACAACAACAACAACAACAACAACCACAACUUGAAAACUCUGUAAAUAUCAACAAUAAUAAUAUCACAAAUAAUGAUAAUGUAAAUAAUAAUAAUAAUAACAAUAAUAAUAAUAAUAAUAAUAAUAAUAAUAAUAAUAAUAAUAAUAAUAAUAAUAAUAAUAAUAAUAAUAAUAACUCAAAAAAUGAAAAAGAUAAUACAACUACAACACUUGAUAGUGAUGAAGAUACCAGUACAUCUGUUGGAGAGAUUUUAGCAGUGAUCGGAAAAAAUAUUUUAAUCCCAAAUUCUGAAAAAUGUCAUGAUGUUGAUGAAAAUACUUUAAGCAAUAACAAAUUGAACGAAGAAAUGGAAAAGAAUGAACCACAAAAUUCCUCUCCCUCUUCAUCAUCAACCACCACAACCACAACUACCACAACUACCACCACAACAACUAUUUCUCAAACUGCUGGUAUAAUCACAAAUGAUUGGUAG